AUGAAUUUGUCAAACGAACCAGGCGGAACAGAGGCCCACCUUCUCAAACAUGAAUACACAACUACUCCACUGGAUUCUCCGACGGAAUGUUGUGCGUGGUGUCACAAACCGCGAAAUCAGUUUAAUGUGGAACUUACCAAGCACAUGCUAUCUCAGGCUACUGAUCUGAACCCCGUUUGUUGCUCGCAAGUGUGCUUUGAUCAACUCCGAAGAGCCCAGUUCAAGCAUAGAACUCGCGUGAAUGCUCUACCUGAUAACCAGCUUCCGAUUGUGACAUCCGGAAGACCCCCAUACUUCCCAUACGCUAACACUCAAUGUGUGAACGGAAAGAGCGCGACUGCGCACAACGCAGUGGGCUCCCCAUCUCUCUCAACAACGUCCCGUCUUACACGUCGGCGCAUUCAUAAAAUCGCGUUCACUACCAAACCGACUCAGUCGUCUGCAAUGUCGUCGACUCAAGUUAACGAUAUGCGCGACACCGGUUCCGAAUAUAAUCUUCAUCGCAUGCUCGAGACCCUGGUUGCCAUACGAACUGCCAAUCCCUACUUAAUGCCUGCUUGGAACACUCUGCUAGCACCAACACUCGUAUCGUCUGAUGUAUCUCAUGACGAACUGGAAUCCGAAAAUUCAUCCUUCGGACCAGUUAGUCUGAAUCCCGCAAUGUGUGGGGCAAUGGCUAACUGGGGGAUGCCGAGUCAAAUGACGAGCCCUAUUGGAGAGUGCAGUCGAUUCACUCCCCUACCCAUCAUAUUGCCAAUCUUUAAAAACGCACCGGAUAUCCUCCGCAUUUUACAUCGAUUUGGGUAUCACUCAGCUUUGGAUUGUCGGCCUCUACGACCCUGCCAAGAAGCUGGCACGCAGACAGAUGAAUCUGUGACACACAUGACUAUACCAGCUGAUCCGGCACAAGACGGUGUGGUUCUCGACCUGCGGGUAGUUAAACCACCCAACUCUACCAAAACUCAGAUAAGGCCCCGUUUAUCUGAGAGGUCGUUAAACAACCGUGGUGGCAAUUGCUACAAAAUGAUUGACCUCAGAACCAAAGCUAUGAACUUCGUAAGUCUAAUACCCGUCGCACAAAAAAGGAAAAAGAAAGGACGUUUGUAA